AUGGCCAUCCUGAAACUGACCUCUGUGUCCCUCCCGCUUCUCUCCGGCAAGUCUAAGGCGGCUCAUCAGACGCCUUCGCAUUCGCGUCGACCAGUCGACAGUUCAUGGAAGAUCCCUCUGUCUCGUGUCUUCCCAAAUAUUGCGAGUAUGACUUCCAACACUCCUACCCCACACUCGCCGGUGCACUCUGAUAUACAAGAGCGAUCUUUGUCUGCGGAUUUCGACAUCUCUUACUUCUAUGGUACCGCACCAUCCCUUCGCUCGAGCCCUCAGAGUCUUCAGGCACUGACCAUCGCGAUGGCCGCCCCCAUACCUUUCAUUCCCCUCUCAUUCGCUCGGUAUCGCCGUGAUAUUCGCCGACGAAACGAGGACUUCGAGGCAGCGGACGAAACUGUUCCAUUCGCGGUUCGGACACAGAACCUAAUCCCUCUGCGAGAUGCGCUCGCCAGGGACGAUAUCAGAAGGAGACUAGAGGGGUUUGAAUUGGCCGAAGAAAAGCGAUCGACGCGCAGGGACGGAAUGUACCUGGGAAGCAGUCCCUGGGCUUCGUGCAGCAUGCCGAAUAUCACCUCUGAGGAAGACAUGCAGAUCGCAGAGACCGGUAUGCGACUGUCUACCGCCUCUACAGUCCCUUCAGUAUACUCUACGGCGAGUUGGCUAGGUGUGGAUGUGGACGACGUCGACGGCUUGGAGAUCCACUCCAUUAGCGUCCUGUUUGAUGCCGAUCUGAGCCCCGAAAACUCGUUAGUCGACGACGCCUCCGGUAGGAUCCGGCGACUAUGCGACGUCACAGAUCUCUCCACAAGUUCUUUCGACGAGGAGAGUUUCCUCCGUAUGGCUUCCUCUCUAGGAUGCUCCGCCAUUCCCAACCUCGUCGGCCAUAGCAUUGACGGAGGUCGUCUCAGGUUCACAGAUAUGAUUGGUUCGGGGUCCAAUGGAAUCAUUUUCCUCGCGAUCGACACUACAUCCCAUGUGGCAAAUCGCACCAAGUAUGCCGUCAAGUGUCUCGUGAAGGGGCAAAAAGGCACUCGUCAGUACGAGCUGCAGAAGCAAGAAAUAUUUUAUCACAAACUUGUUUCGUAUCAUCCGAACGUCGUUACUUUGCACCAUGUGGUAGAGGACAACUUCUACUUCUUCCUUGUUCUGGAUUAUUGCCGCGGUGGCGAUCUUUUCUCGCUUCUUUCGCAACCUACGGCGCUUCGCGGCAACAGCAUCCUAGUCAAGAGGAUAUAUUUACAGAUUCUCGACGCCGUUGAAGCAUGUCACGCAGUAGGCAUUUUUCACAGGGAUAUCAAGCCGGAGAACAUCCUCUGCAACGAGGAUGGUUCCCGAGUUUAUCUGAGUGAUUUUGGGUUGGCCACUCGGAAGACUCAUAGUAUGUCGUUUGGCGCGGGAAGCGUCUACUACAUGAGCCCAGAAUGCAUUGGGGAGGACGUCGGCCGUGAAGGAUACUCCACACGUGCAAACGACGUCUGGGCACUUGGCGUCAUUCUAACCAGCAUGAUAUCUGGACAUAAUCCUUGGCGGAAGGCAAGUUACACCGACGAAUGCUACAAGAGCUUCCAGCGUAAUCCAGACUUCCUCCGCGAUAUGCUCCCCAUUUCCGCUGGUGCCAAUGCUAUUCUCCAGCGUACCUUCAAGCACGAUCCCUCGCGUAGAGUCUGCAUUCCUCGUUUGCGCGCCAUGAUCAUUCAACUCGACACCUUCUUCCUACUGGCCGACGAGAUUGCCGUGUCCAAUCGUUAUGUCAAAAAAGUUGCAAAGGAGUUUCUUAACAAUGGCGUCGAAGAGGUGAUGUACGACGGGAGCAGCGGUGACCAGGACUGUCAUUUGAAGAGCUGUCGAGAAGAGGUUGCAUUUUCACCCACGGCGAUUGACCGCAUUAACUCACUUGAGACUGUCUCUCUGGGGGAGUCUUCCUGUAGCGAUCGCGACGAAAUCCGCUGCAUUCCUCGUUCGUGUCCGACCAACACUAUCACUUUUUCUUGGGAGGAACCGUCGGACGAGAGUUACGGACACCCUAUCCCCAAGUUGGACCCACAUCCGUCGUUCUCAAGUUUGGGCGUCCCUAAACAUGUCGCGGUCUCUCCCAUCACUUCGGCGGGCAACUCGCUGUCAUUGUCGAAGAGGCGCGCAUUCACGUCCUCUCCAGGCGUUCAGUUCUUCCGACGGGUGGCGGCUAGGUUCUUUGUUUGA